AUGGCAUCCACAGCACCAGAGAAAGAUAAAUCCAAGGUCCACAAGCUAUCCCUUAAAGGAAGCGCAAAACUUGUGGCCGAGUUCUUCCAAUACUCGAUUCAUACCAUAUUAUUCCAAAGAGGCGUCUACCCAGCCGAAGACUUCACAGCCGUCAAAAAGUAUGGCCUAAACAUGCUCGUAUCCGCCGACGACCAAGUAAAAGCCUACAUCAAGAAGAUCAUGUCACAACUCGACAAAUGGAUGCAACACGGCAAGAUCAGCAAGCUAGUCAUCGUCAUCACAGACAAGGACACAGGCGAGCACGUCGAGCGAUGGCAAUUCGACGUCCACAUCUUCAACACGCCCUCCUCCAAGUCUAAGAAGAGCAAGGCAGCCUCGAACCAAGAAAACGACGCUCCUCCCGCUGUAUCCAACGCGGCAUCCUCGGCCGACCCGACCAAGACCGAGGCCGAGAUCCAAGCUGAGAUCGCUGCGCUCUUCCGCCAGAUCACUGCUUCCGUUACCUUUUUGCCCCAGCUAUCGGGCGAUUGCACAUUCAACGUCUUGGUAUAUGCUGAUGCCGACAGCGACGUGCCUGUUGAGUGGGGUGAUAGUGAUGCCAAAGAGAUCGUCAACGGCGAAAGGGUACAAUUACGAGGAUUUAGUACCACGAGCCACCGAGUCGAGACUUUGGUUAGCUACCGACUAGGGGAGUGA